AUAAUAUAAUGAUAGAUAACAAUUACUGAAUUAUUAAAGCCAGUGCUGGCUUAUUGAAAUUUUGAAUCAAUCAAUCAAUAGUAUCAUUAUUUAAAAAAUAGCAGCAAGCAUCCGGGAAAAUUUGUUGAUUAAAUCAAAUGUUUAUUGUAAAUUGGCAACAUUGUCGGUUCUUGUUUAUUUUCGGCCAUAUGACGUCAUCACUACAUUUAAAGUUUUCAUAAGUUGUAGGUGUGCGUUUAUAUAAAAUUUUAAGCCAUUCUUUAUAAAAUAUAUUUGUUUUAAAUGUGGACGAGCUUGUUAUAUACCUAUAAUGGAUUCUAGAUCGAGGAAAUCAAGAUCGAGAACACCUCACACUCAAUUAGAAGCUUUCAGUAAGGAAUUUGUUGAUAAAGAAGUCUUGGCAGAAGAAAGUGUUCGGGUCACACGAAGCACCACUACAUCUGAAAAAGUCUGGGAGGUAAAAGCGAAUGCUGUUACAGUAGAUGAAGUUACAUCUACAAAUGUUCAACCAGUGAAAAAAUUAUCAAGUAAGUCUGAACGAGUGAGUUACAGAUGGUUCAAAACUUCGGAUUAUUCUUCUGAAGAUGGUGAAAAUGAAGUUAGUUCAACUAAAACAAUAUCAUUAAAUGAGAAAAAUCAAAUAAUAAAAGACGCCAAAGCAGCCUCGUCUAAUGGUAAAGGACAAAUAUCAGCUUUAGAUCUAUACAAACAAUCAGGAAGAUAUUGGGACAUUUACCCAAAAACAGACUACACCUAUUCACCCCAUUCAAGAGACAGAGUCGAAAUAGCGCCAGGCGUUGUGGCUAUGCCAAACAUGUCUCGAAAACCGAUCCAUUCCAUCAGUUCAUCUUCAGACGAUUCUCAUUUAUUCACAAGUGUAGAACAUAAACAAACUAACACGGAAUUAUACGGUUCUCGAGGCGUCGAAGAUAUUUACCACAAUUAUAAGCCGAGGCAACUAUUCAAUAAUAACUAUGAAGGUACUUAUUCAAUAUCUACCCAGAAGACUAGAUCUGUUUGGUCGAGGAUAAGAACUACAACUGUAACAUGGAUAACAACUAUUAUCACAACGUUUUUGUCGAUUGCAUAUUUUGGUUUCAAAGUUCAAACCUCUUUGUUUACCAAGUUGCAUAAACUUACCAGUAGGAUAAUGCUUAUGGAUACGUGGUUGUUAUGGAAGAACAAGGUCGGCAACAAGGCUACGAAAUUAGCGGCUCUGUGUGUCAUCCCAUUAUUACUUUUAGGAGGUUGGUGGUUAUGGUUAAACUUGGCUAGUUCACUUAUAGCAAAUAAAUCAGAAGAAAUAACAACUGUUCCCAUUGAUACACACAUAGUAGAAGAAAAAAUUACUAAUAUUCCUCAUUUAUCUAUCGAUGGUUCACGAGAACGUUUUGAUGAGAAUGAAAUUUUUGUCAAUCAGCAAAAACUAAUAGACAGUCUUCAAUAUGAAGUAACGAAAAUAAAAUCUGAAAUGAUGGAAGCUGAGAAGACACGACAAGAAGAUAUGAGUAAGAUUAUUCGAGAUCUAAGUGUAGAUAAAACGGAUAAAAGUGUGUAUAUAACACAAAGAAUUAAUAGAUGCUGUAAAAACCCAAUGAUUGAUAUGGAGAGCUAUAUAAGCAAAAUCUUGGUGAAAUAUCUCAACGAUCCUGAAUUUUUGAGAAAUCAAAGAGGUUUUACGGAUUAUUUAAGAACUAUAUUUGUUGCUAGUCAGGAGUUUGAGUAUAGACUUGGUAAUAUAACUGCAAAUAUAGAUGAUAAAUAUACCAAUUUAAUCAAUGAAAAUAGCGUUAAAUUGAUGGAUGGAAUAACGUCAAGGAUUAGAAGGGAAAUCGAAAAAGAAUCCAAAGUUAUUGAAACUUCAACUUCUGGUGUUAUAACUAUUACAGACCAACGUAUCAAACAAAUCGUACGAAGUGUUUUAGCUAUAUAUGACGCUGACAAAACUGGUCUAGUAGACUAUGCAAUGGAAUCUAUGGGAGCACAGAUUAUGAGUACUAGAUGUACGGAAAACUACCAUUACGGAAAAGCAGUAGUAUCGGUUUUAGGAAUUCCGCUGUGGUACCCUGUAAACUCUCCAAGAACCUUGAUAACGCCUGGUAUAAGUCCUGGACAAUGUUGGGCGUUCCAAAACUUCCCUGGUUUCGUGAUGAUUCGUUUGUCCAAAAGAAUUCAGAUAGAAGCGUUUUCGAUUGAACACAUUAAUCGUUUAUUGGUACCAAACGGUGAAAUAGAUGCUGCUCCUAAACAUUUCGAAGUUUAUGGUUUAACGGAUGAAAAUGACAAGGAGCCGGUGCUUUUGGGUGAAUACCUUUACGAUUAUGACGGGGAACCCUUACAAUUUUUCAACGUCCAAAAAGAAAAUCAAAUUUUCGAAAUUGUCGAGCUGAGGAUAAUUUCGAAUCAUGGAAAUCCCAAUUAUACUUGUCUGUAUAGGUUUAGAGUACACGGUAAAAGUAUGUCGUAGUACAAAAAAUACUUUUAGGAAACUUUUUUUAUUAAAAUAUUGAAGCGUCACUAUUUGGGGUUGAAGCGUGAAAUAUGACGUCUUAGGUGGUCUUAUUUUAUUUCUUUAAUUUUGUUUUUAUAUUAGUUUCAUGCUCUAGAAUCAAAUAGUGACAAAAGUAUUUUCACAAUAUCGAAGAGGUCUUAAAUUAUAAGCUAACCUUCUCCUUUUGAGAAUUUUGAUCAGCUCGAAACGUUGUACAGUAAUGACCCCAUAAAUCUACGAGAAAUGGUAGAUAUUGACAUAGUUUCUCAUAUUUAUCAUCAAUGUGUCAUAAUAUUGUGAUUCUUUUUGUGUUAUUGUAGUCUCACAGAAUACUGGGGGUUGGUUUAAAAUUAUUUUUGACAUGAAACAGAAUAAUUUGUAUUGUAUGAUCCUCAUAAUGGUUCAAGAUUUCUGAAAUUCGGCAUAACAUGGUGCCAUUUUGGGAUAUAAUACUGAUAUCUUUGUCCGAAAUGAAAAAAAAACAUUGAAAUUUAGCAACAAAAGCACUCGUAAAAAUACACAACGAUAAAAGACACCCUUUGAAGGAAUCGUUUCUCAGGAAAUCAAAAAGUAUCUCUUUGCUGAAUGUGUUAUUUAUUAAAAAAUUGGUUUUUUACA